AUGGUUCAGAACAGCACCCAGAGUCAGAACAGCAGCAGUGAGGAGCUGAUUCUGCGAAGUCUCAACCCCUUGGAGGCGAGAGUGCGGAUGGCCACAGUGCAGGUGCUGGUGUGGUUCUUCCUCUACAUCAACGGCCUCAUGCACUUCACCUUCCUCAGCAAGCAGGCCUUCUGGGGCAACACACGCUACGUCCUGUUCGCCCACACCCUGCUGCUGAACUCCAUCUUCCUGCUGCUCACGGACCUGGUGGUGCUGCUCACCUACUUCUUUGUGAUGAUGCCCAUGGGCUUCUGCAUCCUGCUCUGCAUUAUCAUGGAGUCUGUCACCAGCGGGGCCCCGUUCACAAUCACCGCCAUGUGCCUGGAGCGGUACGUGGCCAUCUGCAUGCCGCUCAGGCACGCCAACAUCUCCACCCCCGACAGGGCUGUGGCUGCCAUUGUGGUCAUCUCCAUCUUCAGCCUCAUUAACCCCUUCAUGGACCUCUUCGUCCUCAUCGCCAUGGCUCCGCCAGGGUACUUUGCAGAGGCGAGCUUCUGUCACUACGAGAUAAUGCUUGUGGCCAAGUGGCAGCGCUUCACACGGGCCCUCAUCUACCAGGUGGACCUUGCAGUGAUUGCGAUCAUCAUAAUGUUCUGUUACGUGAAAAUCAUGCUGGCAGCCAAGGCUGCAUCUGGAGGUAACAAGGAAUCUGUGUCAAAGGGACGACGCACACUCCUGUUCCACUCACUGCAGCUUUUCCUUUGCAUGAUUGACAUUUUGUGUCCCUACUUCGAGACAUACGUGCUGGAGAACAGUCCGCAGAACUACCUGACCAUCCGAUUCUUCAACUACACAGCUUUCACCAUCAUCUCGAGGGCCCUGAGUGCACUAAUCUACGGCCUCAGGGAUAAAACAUUUUGCGUUGCUCUCGUAUAUUAUGUCAGUUGCAAGAUGAACCAGGUCACUGUGAAGAAGUCUAACGGCCCAUAG